CGCAUGCGCACACUCGAGCUAGCGGUCCCAAGAGGCCUCGCGUGGUUUCUAUGGCGACCCCGCGCUUCCUUAAGUCCCAGGUCCAGGCAGCUGCUGGAGCAGCGCGGAGCAGGGUUUUUUGAAAUAUAGCCUUUGUUUAACAAGAGACUAGAACAUGUCAAAAAAUCUUACCUUGGAAACUUCAUGAGUCCCACAGUGAAGAGUAUUCCGCAUGCAACAUACAGUUCAUCUCCAGACACCUUAGGGAAUGAAUUUGAGAAAGAGCAACAGAAUUGAGAGCUGAAUGAAAAAGCCAUGCUUUCAAAGACAUCUGCGAUGGAUUGGUUGGCUUGCCUCUACUGAUGAGGUUGUGGACUAUGUCUUUAGCUGAUACAACAGAAGCACACACAAAUGAACAUUUCCCCAGUCUGGCACUAGGAAGCAACAAGAGGUCUGCAGAAGGCAAGCGUAGCCCUGGCGCUGGCAGUCAGUCACGGAACAGCAGGGCUUCCAAUGGGAGCGUGGAUUACAGCAGGUCCCAGUGCUCCUGCACAAGCCUGAAUUCUCACUAUGACUACUCGGAAGACUUUCUCUCUGAGUACUCUGAGGAAGCUGUCAGCAGAUAUCAGUCAGAGCAGCCUCUGGCAAAGGAAAAGGAGAAAAGAAAGUAUAAUACUUGUAAAUUCCCCCAGCCUAAAGGCCAGAAGGACAUCCCAGCUGAGAGAAAACACAUCUGGAAUGCUUCCUUUUUCAGUUCUCAAAUCCAAACGAUUGCCAAAAGAAGAGACACCAUGACACAUCGGAUACUGUCAGCCAGGCUUCAUAAGAUCAAAGAGCUGAAGAACGAGCUGGCAGACAUACAUCGGAAGCUGGAAGCCACCAUCCUAGAAAACCAAUUUCUGAAGCAGCUUCAGCUUAGGCACCUGAAAGCCAUAGGGAAAUAUGUGAACUCUCAGAACAAUCUACCUCAAAUCACAGUUAAGCACCAGAAUGAGGUGAAGAACCUUCGACAGCUCCUCCGGAAAUCCCAGGAGAAGGAGCGAACUGUGUCCAGGAAACUCCGAGAAACUGACAGUGAGUUACUGAAGACCAAAGACACCUUGCAAGCCCUGCAGAGACUCUCGGAAGACAAAAACCUUGCAGAGAGAGAAGAACUGACUCACAGGUUGACUGAUCUUACAGCCAAAAUGGAAGCAAAUGAUAAAAAAAUACAGAACUUGGAAAAACAGCUGAGGCUGAACAAUCGGUCCUUUAGUCGGCAGUUGGCCAAAGAAAAUCGGAAGACAUUAGCAGCUCAAACAGCGACAAAGACUCUGCAGGCAGAAGUGAGACAGCUGCAGCAGAAGCUUAAGGAGAAGGAUCGCGAGCUGGAAAUCAAAAACAUCUAUACUAACCGAAUACUUAAGAACUUACAUGAUAAGGAAGAUUACCCGAAAGUUUCUUCAACAAAAUCAGUACAAGCAGACAGGAAAAGUUUGCCACUUGUAAAUAUGAGACACCAGGAAACCCAAAAGUCAGAUGUACCAUUUUGGAUAACUAAGGGGAAAAGAGGAAAAGGAAACAUUGUUCAUAAAGAAAAAUCAACAGAAAUAAACCAUGAUAUUUCUUACUAUAUGUGUAAACUACCAAAGCAAGAAGAGCCUAAGAGAAAAUAUGAAGCAAAUCUCACGGUCUUAAAGAGCAUGCCAUCUCCUAGAGCUUCCUGGGGACAGGUGGCCACUGAGCAGAUCUGUAACUUCCAUCUGGAAUGUCACUCUUGUACCCAGACAGAUUUAUCAAAGGAGGUCGAACACCCGAAACCACAAACCUCUCUGGAAACUCCUAGGAGGCCAAAAGAGAAAAAGGAAGACCAAGAAAAGAGAGCCAUCCCAGCAGAAGCAGAGCCAACUGCAAAGGGAAGCGAGGUCCCCGAGAACGCAGAGGAUGAGGCCCUGGCCAGGGCUGCCGGUGACAAGAGCGACGCGAGCGAUCCCGGCGACGCCGGCGAGGUGGGCGAUGCCGGCGAAGUCGGCGAGGUGGUCGGAGCGCAGGAAGUACCCGGGACUCACGUACUGCCCGGAGCGGACGAGGUGCUCGCGGCGGGCGAGGCCGGCGAAGCAGAGCCCGGUCGCGGCCGGAGGAAGACCCCGGGGUCGCGGAAGCACUACUCCUUCACCGAGGCCACCGAGAACCUGCACCACGGGCUGCCCACCUCCUGCAGGCAGGUUUCAAGCAGCCCUCACUGCCGCUGCCGCCACAGCAUGAGCAAGCACCGCAGCGAGCAGGAGCUUCGACUAGAGCCUGCCGGCUACGAGCCCUCAUUCGGCAAGGGGGCUAGAGCCAGGGCCAGGGCGAAGGCGUUCCGUGACAGGAAGAGCAGCCUCAUGGAGGAGCUGUUCGGUGCGGGCUUUGCGGGCAGGGCCGGCCCCAGCGAUGGCGAGGCAGUCAGCAAGUCCCCGCAGCCCGGGCCCCAGGCUUCUGCAGGCAACGCCUUCGGGGACUCCAGAGCCACCGUGGUGCCGUCCAUCCAGGCCUCACCCACCGAAGCCAACAAGAAGACUGUUGUUUAAAUGCAGCAGUCACCUGAUAGAUUCUGAUUUAUAUAUUAGUUAUGUGCCCUUUAACCUUAUUUACCGUGUGAGGGCUUACAUAGUGUCUGUUUUAGUACUUGGGUGGACUGUGGGUAAUUUGGGUAAUUUACAUGAUUGCUAUCUAAUAAAAAAAAAGCCACUGUACCUUGGUCAUACGGUAACAUUUUAAAUACAAAUCUGUAUCUUUAUUUUGAAAGCAGAACGUGCAUGCCUACUCUUUUUAGGAAGAUUGGAGAUCUAGGACUCAUUUGGUGAUUCUUGGCCAGCCUAAGGCGCAUAAAAUCUGUCAGCAAGACUGCUUGCUGGUCAUCACAACUGAAUGGAAGAGGUACUAGUCAGCAAAAUGGCCAGCAGACACAAAGGCAGUACAAGGAUACAAGCUUGGCCUCGUGAGUCAUUGCUGGUGGUCUCUUGCUCAGCUGAGCUGAAAGCAUCUAAGUGGCCUGCCUUUGUGAGCACCCCCCCUAUAUAGAAGUCUGUAUUUUUUGUUAUUGUUGAGAUUUAUUCUUUCUUUUUGUUACACAAUGACCAUUUCUCUUAAUCUUGUUCUAAAACAACCGCAUGUUCAAGCAGGCUGCUCAGGUCUAAUUCUAACAGUAUUUUGUUGGCACUAUAAAGGGUCUGUAUUCCCAGUCUACACUGUGUAACUUGCCUUCAUUUAGCUAUUAAAGCAACUUAAUGGUUAUCUAGAA